GCUGGAAUUAAUUUUUUCUGAUUUUACUUUAUUAAAUCAGUACUUUCAAUUAAUCGUCUGAGGUGGGAAAACGUUAAUUUCGAUUUGAAAAUUUCACUGUUUUGGAAGUUCCAUUAUGGUUAUGUUGAACCAAUGCCUCCAGCAAAUUGCAAUCUAAAACACUUGAUCCAAAACUAAAAAAUCUUCGAAUAUCGCACCCAUUCCAAUAAUGGCCAUUUUGGUAAAACGAUACUUUUAGGAAACUGAAUAUCUUGUAAUGACUCAUUAAUCCGAAUAUGGAGAAAUCUGGAUAUGGCUGAGGUAAAUCCAUUAAUUAGAAUAAAUACCACCCUAUCCUCCACCCUCCAUCAGUGAAGAAAAACCUUAUCAUAGUCAUAGAUAAACCAACCACACUCGAUCUGCAACAACUCAUCUCUCUCUAUCCGUUUUCAAAUUCUCCUAUCAGUGUCAGCAUAUAUUUCACUUAAACAUGGAAGUUGAUAGGGUUAAAUCUCCGGAGCCGUCAAGCCCUAUAUCAAAGAUAGUGUUGGUAGCCUCAAUCGCAGCCGGAGUACAGUUCGGCUGGGCGCUUCAGCUGUCGUUGCUGACGCCGUACGUCCAGCAACUGGGGGUCCCACACAAGUGGGCCGCCGUUGUCUGGCUCUGCGGCCCGAUCUCGGGGUUGCUGGUGCAACCCAUCGUCGGCUACUACAGCGACCGCAGCACAUCUCGUUUCGGGCGCCGCCGACCUUUCAUUGCCGGCGGGGCAGGGCUUGUCGCCAUCGCCGUUUUCCUGAUCGGGUACGCCGCCGACAUCGGCGUCCGGUCCGGCGACUCGUUGCAGAAAUCCACGAAGCCAAGAGCCGUCGCUGUCUUUGUGGUGGGGUUUUGGGUUUUAGAUGUGGCGAAUAACAUGCUGCAAGGCCCAUGUAGGGCUCUACUGGCGGAUCUAUCGGGCUCCGACAGCAAGAAGAUGAGGACAGCAAAUGCGCUCUACUCGUUCUUCAUGGCCGUCGGCAACGUCCUGGGGUACGCGGCUGGAUCGCUAAGCGUUCUUCACAAGGCUUUUCCAUUCACCAUGACCAAAGCAUGCGACAUUUACUGCGCCAACCUCAAGAGCUGCUUCUUCCUUUCAAUUUUUCUGCUUGUGCUACUCACUGUCUUGGCCCUAACGUUAGUGAAGGAAACACCAUUCGAGAAAAAUGCUGAGGGAGCAGGAGGAGGAGGUCUGUUAUUGUUCGGUGAAAUUUUUGGUGCUUUUCGACAGUUGAAGAAGCCCAUGUGGAUCCUUCUUCUGGUAACUUGCAUGAAUUGGGUGGCGUGGUUCGGCUUUUUACUGUUUGAUACUGACUGGAUGGGCAAGGAAGUUUACGGCGGCGUCGUCGGCAAAGGACGUCUUUAUGACAUGGGAGUCCGGGCGGGAUCGCUUGGUCUGAUGCUCAAUGCUAUCGUUUUAGGUGCAAUGUCACUCGCAAUUGUUUAUUUCGCUAGAGGGGUUGAUGGGCCGAAAAGGAUUUGGGGAGUAGCUAACUUUUUCCUAGCCAUCUGCCUCCUAAUGACGAUACUGGUAACCAAAAUGGCCGAGAACCAUAGACAUGCGCACGCCCUAGUUGGAGGAGCCGAGCCGCCGCCGCCACCGACUGGAGUUAAAGCUGGUGCAUUGCUCAUAUUCGCUAUGUUGGGGAUCCCGCAGGCUGUCACCUUCAGCAUUCCGUUUGCAAUGGCGUCUAUUUUCUCGAGUAACUCCGGUGCUGGCCAAGGGCUUUCCCUGGGAGUAUUGAAUAUAUCAAUUGUCGUACCACAGAUGUUUGUGUCGGUUAUAAGUGGACCCCUAGAUGCUUCUUUUGGCGGAGGGAACUUACCGGCUUUUGUCCUCGGAGCUGUUGCAGCAGUAAUUAGUGGAAUCCUUGCUUUGACUGUUUUGCCAUCUCCUCCGCCCGAUCAGGCUAAUCAAACUGUUCUACCUGCUGGAUUUCAUUAGUUCAUUUUCUCGUUAAUUAUUAGUC